CCGUGUGUCUUGCAACACAGGAUUCUUUUUCUUCGCGCGGAGGCGGAGAUUGGAGAUUGAACGUGGAUCUUAACUCCCCCCGUUAAACUUUUGAUUCCGAUUUCAACCGUACUUCUCCUUUAUCUUUCCGUCGAAUUUUUUUGCUGCUCCGUUCAGUGGCUUCGGUCUAGCGUAUCGGCGAGAGCCAGACAAGGAUGAAGAUGACUAAGAAUGCUGCCGUGCUGUUAUUAUCAACCUUGCUUCUCGCAGCUUACACCCCUUUUGGAUUUGCAUUGCCAUCUACUGUGCCCGCCUUCCUCUGGUCUCCUCACCACCUCCAUGAAUCAAAAGAAGCUGUAAAUUACCAAACUGUCUCCCCAACGGAUCUAGCAAACUCUGUUCUCUCUGAAGGAGGCUGGUCAAACUUGCUGUGCUCAGGUGACAAACUUCAGCAGUCUGUUGAUUUGGCACUUGUUUUUAUCGGCCGGGAGUUGCAAUCUUCAGAUAUAUCUGGACAGAAAUGCCAUCCAGCUCUUGUGGACUUGCUAAAGGUUUCUUUUACUAGGUCCAACUUCUCCAUGGCGUUUCCAUAUGUUGCUGCCCCAGAAGAGGAAACAAUGGAAAAUUUGUUGGUUUCAGGUUUUACAGAAGGUUGCGGGAAUGAUUUUGGAGCAAAAAAUGUUUUCUUCACAAAAUCAUGCUCUGUAGAGGGUGGAAGCUUCCAGAAACUAGCAAACUUGGAUUCUUUCCAUGAUCAUUUGGCUUCAAGGAUGGAACAGAGAACACAAGGGCAUGCUGAUUUGGUUGUAUUUUGUUCUGAAGGAUCUAAUUCAUUGAAAGAGCAAGAACCACGUCCAGAAAAUGAAAUUAUCACUGAACUUAUCAGCUCAGUGGAGCAGUCUGGGGCAAAGUAUGCGGCUCUUUAUGUUUCCGAUCCCUAUAGGUACCCUUCUUAUCAUGAGCUACGAAGGUUUCUUGCUGAGAGUGCUGGAAAUGGAUCAGAUAAUGCCACUAGCUGUAAUGAAGUCUGCCAAAUUAAGUCAUCCCUUCUGGAGGGAGUUCUAGUUGGAGUUGUAUUGCUUCUAAUCCUGAUAUCAGGACUCUGCUGUAUGAUGGGGAUUGACACACCGACAAGAUUUGAGACACCCCAGGACUCUUGAUUGGUCGGUUAUGCAGCAUAAUAGGUUUAUAUAGCUCUUGAUGGGGUGUAUUGGGAUCUAUCUAAAAGCUAUUGGUUAUUUGUUACAUAGUGGCCGUGGAAGGGGAUCCUACCUUGUAAUAUUUGUUAAUGACUUGUUUAGCUUUCUACCAUGCUCGUAAUAAUUGGAAUCUUGUUGUUUUUCCCUCAACCUUUACGAGCUCAUCAAUGGAGGGAGUUCCUGUGUUUGACCUGGGGUGCUUGUUGAAUUUGAAUUUAUAUUUAGCUUUCACAAGAAAUUGUAAUCAUAAAUAUUGAGAGGCAUAUGGACCUGUCAGAUUUUUUGGGGCUAUUACUGGAACGUUUUUGUUUAUUUGAAUAAAAAUCGUUGUUGCGCGAA